AUGUCGGCCAACCUGACACCACCUACACUGGUCAUGAACCCCAAUGGCACGCGACAGCAAGUUCCUCUGCGCGAUUAUCUGAACGCGCGCAUUGCGCCCUUCCUCAAGAAAGCAAUGACCGAGAGUCUGGCAUCAGAGGCCGAGUUCCCGUUACAAUGGCUGGGUGAAUGCCUCAUCCACCAGUCAAUGCUCUACGAGGGCAACCCUGAUACCACUGGGAUUCGCGAACGCUUCCGAUACAAUUUCGAGAUGCCUACAGAGCCUCCACAAGAAGUGCCCCAGGAAGAGCCACAAGCACAGGCGCAAACUACCAACCCUGCUUCUACAAAUGGAGUUGCUGCUACCGAGACAGCAUCUACAGACUCAGCCGCACAAGUCGCUGCCUCAAUAGCGGUGCCUCCGGCCGAUGCGCCAAUGUUGAACGGGGAGAUGGAAGUUCUUGAGGAGCAGAACACGCAGGAUUCAACACAGGUACCGAGCGAACAGCCUCCCACUGCCCCUGCUGCCCCUGCCGCAGCUCCGGUGCAAGAUGUGGACAUGGAAGGGACGUCAUGA